CUGCUGCUUCCCGCCAGAAACGUCAGGCCUCGCAGCUUUAACCCCUGAAAACACUUCGAACAAUCUAAUCCUCUAGUUCUCUAAACAAGCCUGUAUACACCGCCCGCCCACCACCUCCUCUCUAUGUAUUGGUUGGCCACUCGAAACGGCGUCGUUGCUCUCCCUCGCUGCCGUCCUCUCGCUCUUCUUCUCCGCCCUCCUCCUCGUAGAUGCACCUCCGUCGCCCCCUCUCCGAUACUCAUUGGACAGUUUCGGAGGAUUCUUUGUUUCAAAGAACAAAAAGUUUUACGGGGAAGCAGGAAAACUACCAAGAAACUCAGUGCCUUGUCUAAUUAUGUGGAUGAAAGAGCUGUUUCUAACAUACUGUGGUGGAAGGAGAGGAUGCAGAUGUGCAGGAAGCCUUCAACUGUCCAGCUGGUGAAAAGGCUAGAUUAUUCUAAUUUGCUAGGCUUGGAUGUCAACUUAAAAAAUGGGAGUCUGAAAGAGGGAACGCUCAAUUGGGAGAUCUUGCAGUUCAAGUCAAAGUUUCCACAUGAAGUUUUGCUCUGCAGGGUUGGUGACUUUUACGAAGCCUUAGGAAUAGAUGCUUGUGUAUUGGUUGAAUAUGCAGGUCUGAAUCCUUUUGGGGGUCUGCGUUCAGAUAGUAUCCCAAGAGCUGGAUGCCCAGUUGUGAAUCUUCGGCAAACUCUAGAUGAUCUGACACGGAAUGGGUUUUCAGUGUGCAUAGUGGAAGAAGUUCAGGGUCCAACACAAGCGCGUUCCCGUAAAGGUCGUUUUAUAUCUGGGCAUGCACAUCCUGGUAGUCCUUAUGUUUUCGGGCUUGUUGGGGUUGAUCACGAUCUUGACUUUCCAGAACCAAUGCCUGUAGUUGGAAUAUCUCGUUCGGCAAGAGGUUAUUGCAUCAAUUUUGUACUGGAAACCAUGAAAACUUAUUCGUCAGAGGAUGGUUUGACUGAAGAAGCCUUGGUUGCUAAGCUCCGUACUAGUCGGUACCACCAUUUAUUCCUGCAUACAUCAUUGAGGAACAAUUUCUCAGGCACCUGUCGUUGGGGUGAAUUUGGUGAGGGUGGCCUUCUAUGGGGAGAGUGUAGUGGUAGGCAUUUUGAAUGGUUUGAAGGCAAUCCUGUGUCUGAGCUUUUGUCUAAGGUUAAAGAUUUAUAUGGCCUUGAUAAUGAAGUCGCAUUUAGGAAUGUCACUGUGUCUUCAGAAAACAGACCCCACCCUUUAUCCCUAGGAACGGCUACUCAAAUUGGUGCCAUACCAACGGAGGGAAUUCCUUGUUUGUUGAAGGUGUUGCUUCCUUCAAACUGCUCAGGCCUACCUGCCCUGUAUGUUAGAGAUCUUCUUCUUAAUCCUCCUUCUUAUGAUAUAUCUUCCACAAUUCAAGCAACAUGCAGGCUUAUGAGCAGCAUUACUUGCUCAAUUCCUGAGUUUACUUGUGUUUCACCUGCAAAGCUGGUGAAACUUCUGGAACUCAGGGAGGCCAAUCAUAUAGAGUUUUGCAGAAUUAAAAAUGUUCUCGAUGAAAUACUGCACAUGCAUAAAAAUCCUGAGCUGGGUAAGAUUUUGAAGUUGUUGAUGGAUCCUACAUGGGUGGCGACUGGGCUGAAAAUUGAGUUCGAGACAUUCGUUAAUGAAUGUGAAAGUGCUUCUGAGAGAAUUGGUGAAAUGAUCUCACUAGAUGGUGAACAUGAUCAAAACCUUAGUUCCUUUCCUGUUGUUCCUAGUGAUUUUUUUGAGGAUAUGGAGUCUUCUUGGAAAGGUCGUAUAAAGAGAAUCCACAUAGAGGAGGCAUUUGCAGAAGUGGAGAAGGCUGCUGAGGCGUUAUCCCUAGCAGUCACUGAAGAUUUCAUGCCCAUUGUAACUAGAAUAAAGGCUACCACAGCUCCACUUGGAGGCCCGAAGGGAGAAAUAUUAUAUGCAAGGGAACAUGAAGCUGUUUGGUUUAAGGGAAAACGAUUUGCUCCUGCUGUUUGGGCCGGCACCCCUGGGGAAGAACAAAUCAAGCAGCUUAAACCUGCUAUAGAUUCCAAAGGUAGAAAGGUUGGAGAAGAGUGGUUUACUACAAUGAAAGUGGAGGAUGCUUUAACUAGGUACCAUGAAGCAGGUGCAAAAGCAAAGACAAAGGUUUUGGAAUUGUUGAGAGAACUUUCUUCUGACUUACAAGCAAAGAUCAAUAUCCUUGUCUUUGCCUCAAUGCUUCUAGUUAUUGCAAAAGCAUUAUUUGCUCAUGUGAGUGAGAUAAGGUCUGGAGGUUGUUGUACUGGAUUUGUGUUCACUGAACUAGAAAAUUGCAGUGAAGGGAGAAGAAGGAAAUGGGUUUUUCCUGCCCUUGGAGAGUCCAGUUGGUCUGAGACUGUGGAACCAGUGAGGGGAGGAAAUAGAAUGGAGAUAGUUGGUCUAUCACCAUACUGGUUGGAUGUAGCAGAAGGCAGCGCUGUAAAUAACACUGUGGAUAUGCAAUCGUUGUUUCUUUUAACUGGGCCCAAUGGUGGUGGUAAAUCAAGUCUGCUACGAUCAAUUUGUGCUGCUGCAUUACUUGGAGUUUGUGGGUUUAUGGUGCCUGCACAGUCUGCCUCGAUUCCUUAUUUUAAUUCUAUUAUGCUUCACAUGAAAUCUUAUGACAGCCCCGCUGAUGGGAAAAGUUCCUUUCAGGUGGAAAUGGCAGAAAUUCGGUCUAUUGUUUCUGCAGCCACUAAAAGAAGCCUUGUACUUGUAGAUGAAAUUUGUCGAGGAACAGAAACAGCUAAGGGAACAUGUAUUGCCGGUAGUAUUGUUGAAACUCUUGAUACAAUUGGAUGUCUAGGUAUCAUAUCCACUCAUUUGCACGGGGUAUUUAGCUUGCCACUAAAUACAAAAAAUACGGUGCACAAAGCAAUGGGAACUAUAUAUGUUGAUGGACAACCAAAACCAACCUGGAAAUUGAUGGAUGGCAUAUGUAGAGAAAGCCUUGCAUUUGAAACAGCCAAGAAGGAAGGAAUUCCUGAAACAAUAAUUGAAAGAGCUCAAGGUCUGUACCGUUCAGUUUAUGUGACUGAGGUAAUUGGAGGCAAGAUUGACUCAAAACUAGUAGAGUUCUGUUCCAUGGGUUUCAAUAAUUUUGAUAGGUCUCAGUCUCAAUCAAGUAGUGCUAGAGUUCAAAUUCUCGAGGGGACCAGUUCAGUGAACAGUAUGGAGGUCUUACAGAAGGAGGUUGAGAGUGCAAUCACCUUGAUUUGCCAAAAGAAGCUGAUUGAGCUUGGCAAUGAAAGAACAUCACAACUUACUGAUAUACAGUGUAUUCCAAUUCAUGUCAGGGAACAGCCACCUCCAUCAACCGUAGGUGCUUCAUGUGUAUAUGUGAUUUUCAGACCCGACAGGAAACUAUAUGUUGGACAGACCGAUGAUUUGGAGGGUCGAGUGCGCAAACAUCGUUCAAAGGAAGGAAUGCAAAAGGCUAAUUUCCUUUAUUUCAUUGUCCCCGGGAAGAGCUUGGCUUGCCAAUUGGAGACUCUUCUCAUCAACCAGCUCCCCAAUCAAGGGUUUCAUCUCAGUAAUGUAGCCGAUGGUAAACAUAGGAAUUUUGGCACAUCCGACAUUUCCUUGGAAGGUGUGACCAUUUGUCCAUAAACCUUCACCUGUUUCUUAUUCGUACAUUGAACUUCUGGCGUACGUUAAAGGCAAGAGAUGGUUAUCGUUUCUGCAAUCUGUAUAUGUAUCCAAUUGUAGUCCUGGCUGCAACAAUUUUGUUUUUGCACUGUUGGUCCACUUAGCAAGUUUACCUCCCCAGCAGAUGAUGAGUGCAUGAAACCUUCUCGCAACUGAGAAUGGAUCAUUUGUUCAAUUUUCAGUU